CCCUUCUUAACACCCAGACGUCACUGGUACAAGCUUAUCCUCGGCCUAAAACAUGACCCCUGCUUGCGGCAACUGAACAGGGGAUUGCUCACUACCAAAAAGUCUCAGCCACACUUUAGUAAAAGGUGCCGACCCCACACCCUGGCCAGAUGUGGCAGGUUCUUGGUCAAAAAUUUCCACUUGUGGGUAGGCCCCCUAAACUUGCGGGAAGUUUUGUGUGGCUAAACCGAUUAAUCUGUCACGUAUCCUCCUAUCUGAGAACGCGCAAUCAGCCACUGCCACCUUUCUGCUGCUGCUGCGCUUGUUCUGCUGUCCACCAGCCUGUGAUAACUUUGUGUCUUUACUUCAGCUUCACAACGCCAACGACCACGACGAUCCUAUUUUUCGACGGGAGAAUUAUACACAAGAUGGACGCUGUCGAGGAACCAAUGUCGGCCUUCGGCGCCGUGACUGCGCAAACGAACAAGUUGUCGAGGCAAUACCAAGCGCUCCUCGACCAGUCGACUCCCCACACUCUCUACCGAUGGGUCGGCACCGGCGUGCUGCUCGUCUUUUUCUUUGCGCGCGUCUUCUUUGCGCAAGGCUGGUAUAUCGUGGCAUACGCCCUCGGCAUCUACCUCCUCAACCUCUUCCUCGCCUUCCUCCAGCCCAAAUUCGACCCCUCCAACGAGGCCCUCGACAAUGACAUGGAAGACGGCAGCCUCGGUUCUCUCCCUACCAAGCAGGACGAGGAGUUCCGCCCCUUCAUCCGCCGCCUGCCCGAGUUCAAGUUCUGGCACGCCGCCACCCGCGCCAUUUCCAUCUCGUUUGUGUGCACCUGGUUCGAGGUGUUUAAUGUGCCCGUGUUUUGGCCUGUGUUGGUGAUGUACUGGAUUAUGCUUUUUGUUUUGACCAUGCGCAAGCAAAUCCAGCACAUGAUCAAGUACCGCUACGUGCCAUUUACCGUUGGCAAGGCGCGCUACACCAAGAACAGCUCAUAA